AUGCUGAUGACCGUUGCGUGCCUGGGUUUUUUUGCCCUUUCUGUGCAAAGCUUGGAGUUUACCUAUCACCACUUUCCAGAAAUGGAAAGAGUAUUAAAAGACUUCAACACAAAAUAUCCAGCUAUAACUAAUCUCUACAGCAUUGGGAAAUCGGUGAAAGGCAGAGACCUGUGGGUUUUCGUUGUGGGAUUAUAUCCAACCGAACACAAAAUUGGCAUUCCUGAUUUCAAGUACAUUGCAAACAUGCAUGGCAAUGAGGUAGUCGGGAGAGAACUGAUGCUUCACCUAAUAGAAUACCUCCUGAUAAAUUAUCAGUCUGAUCCAGUUAUUAAACAAAUGGUUAACAAAGCCCGCAUUCAUAUAAUGCCUUCUAUGAAUCCGGAUGGCUUUGAAAUUGCAGAGGUUUUGGACUGUAGCUCCUUACAGGGACGGUAUAAUGAUGCUGGCAUUGACCUGAACAGAAAUUUCCCAGAUCCCUUUGCAGAUAGCCCUUUUGCGAUCCAACCAGAAACCAAGGCUAUCAUUGACUGGGUUAAGGAGGAGACUUUUGUGCUAUCUGCUAAUUUUCAUGGUGGUGCCUUGGUGGCCAGCUAUCCGUAUGAUAACUCUGCAAAUGGUAAGACUUUAUUGAAUUAUUCUAAUCACACAGUUCCUCCAGAUAUUGAUGUUUUGAAGUAUCUAGCUGAAACGUACUCCAAUAAUCAUGCCACGAUGUCCAAACCCAAUGAUUGUGCCUCAAUUGACUUUACAGGUGGCAUCACCAAUGGUUUCAGUUGGUAUCCUGUAGAAGGUGGCAUGCAAGAUUAUAACUACGUCUUUGGCCAAUGUUUAGAAAUUACUCUAGAGCUCUCUUGCUGUAAAUAUCCAAAUGAUUCAUUGCUGGAGCAGCACUGGAGGGAUAACAAAGUAGCAAUGAUUGAGUACAUGAAGAAAGUGCACAUGGGAAUAAAGGGACAGGUGUUUGACACAGAUGGAAAACCUGUCAUGAAUGCCAUUGUGGAUGUCCAGGGAAGGAAACGUAUAUGUCCAUAUAGAACAAACAAGUACGGGGAAUAUUAUUACUUGCUGCUUCCCGGAACGUACACAUUUAAUGUCUCAGUGCAGAACGCAACAAUUUUAACCAAAAUAACAAUACCAGAGAGUGUCGAUUUCUCAGCAAUGACUUAUAACUUCCAGUUUAAAGUCAUGACGGGCGAUACAAUUCCACUCACAACAAGUUGCAGCGCUACUGAAAGAAGCAGCAGCAGCAGCAGCAGCACACUGAAGACGUGUUUGCUAACAAUUCUACUGAAAACUGUGCUGAUAUUAUUCGUUAAUGCCCUGUAGCACUUGCUAUAAAAGAAUCAAGCCUGUGCAAAGGAACAACUUUUAUAACUUUCCAGAAAGCAAAAAGCCAAAGAAAAAAAAAGGAAC